AGCUCCUCAAAAGCCGACCCAAGAAGCGCGCCUCCGAUUGGCGGGCGCUGUGCAAGGCCGAUGCCCAUUGGCUAAGAGAGCCGGACCGACGCUUUCUCCCUUUUCCUCCUCCUUCCGCCCCCUCCCCCCGCGGGCCUCGCGCUCCGUUUUGGGCGGUUUUGGUGGGCUUGAUUCUGAGGGGACGGGCGGCGAGGCCGAAGAUGUCGGCGGCGGACGGAGAAGGCUGGGACGGAAACCGGCAGCGAGGAGGGUCCGGCGGGGGCGGCGGCAACGGAGGCAACGGACUGGCGGCUCAAGCCGCGCACGGGGGACUCCUCAACCGUUUCGUCAGGCUCCCGCCGGGCCCUGGACGAGGCGGCCACAGAGUCCCACCAGCCAGAAGCGGCCACCGCUGCGUGGCAGACAAUGCCAACUUGUACGUGUUUGGAGGAUACAAUCCUGACUACGAUGAGUCCGGAGGGCCAGAGAACGAAGACUACCCGCUGUUUAGGGAGCUUUGGCGAUACAACUUUGCUAAUGGCACCUGGCAUCAAAUGGGCACAGAGGGUUACAUGCCACGAGAGUUGGCAUCCAUGUCUCUUGUGCUGCAUGGGAAUAAUCUCUUGGUCUUUGGUGGCACCGGGAUCCCAUUUGGCGAGAGCAAUGGCAACGACGUCCACGUCUGUAACGUGAGGUACAAGCGCUGGGCCCUCUUCAACUGCCGAGGGAAGAAACCAAACCGCAUCUAUGGACAGGCUAUGGCUAUCAUUAAUGGCUCCUUGUAUGUAUUCGGAGGGACAACCGGCUACAUUUACAGCACAGACCUGCACAAGCUGGACCUCAACACCAGGGAGUGGAGCCAGCUGAAGCCAAACAACAUGCACUGUGACAUGCCGGAGGAAAGAUACAGGCAUGAAAUUGCACAUGACGGGCAGAGGAUUUACAUCUUAGGAGGUGGAACUUCUUGGACAGCCUAUUCCUUAGACAAGAUCCAUGCCUACAACCUUGAAACAAACACUUGGGAAGAAAUUGCAACAAAGCCUCAUAAGAAAAAAGAUUUCCCAGCAGCGAGGAGAUGUCACAGUUGUGUACAGAUAAAAAACGAUGUCUUUGUCUGCGGAGGAUACAACGGGGAAGUGAUAUUGGGAGACAUCUGGAAACUGAAUCUGCAAACGUUCCAGUGGGUGAAACUCCUGGCUGUCAUGCCAGAGCCUGUAUAUUUCCACUGUGCUGCUGUGACCCCAGCCGGCUGCAUGUACGUCCACGGGGGCGUGGUGGACAUUCAGAGGAACAGACGGACUGGCUCUCUCUUUAAGAUGUGGCUGGUCGUGCCCAGCCUCCUGGAACUGUCCUGGGAGAAGCUUCUGGGUUUUUUCCCCCACUUAGCAAACCUCACCAGAUCGCAGCUUUUGCACCUUGGACUCACACAGGGACUCAUCGAGCGCUUGAAAUGAGAACCUCUUGUUCUUAAAAACACUAAUUUAAAAAGUGACUCCUCCCUCCUCUUUCUUCUCCCUUUCUCUCCCCCCCUUCUCUCUCUAUUUAUGAGCACUGCGAGGACACUGCUGAGAUGGGAAGCCCGACUCCAAAGCCUUACUCGGCAAAAAUACAUCAGAUGCCUUUUCUGUGAAUUUUUAUUUUAAAGUUUAUGGAAGUCAGCUUUUUUUAAUUUAUGAAUACCUAUAAAUACAUCAUGAACAAAAGAUGCUGUUGCUGAACUAAUUUAUACUGCUUUAGCUGCAUGCUUGUAGUCCCAGAAGGGAAGGAGGGUGGAUGUUGUGACCCACCUCCCCACUUCAAGUCUCCUAGUCACUGUUUCGUAAGAUGUGCUUCACUGCAGCGAUUCCAGCAACUUGCUUGAAAGGGAACAGGCUGGCUCCCUCUGGAAUCCCUCAUAGCUCUUGCUACACUCACUGCCUCUGUAAAAGUGUUAAAAGACCUAAAAACUGUUGUCUUACAGAUGUUGCAGCUGGAAAAGACUGGUGCGUGUUGUGAUUUUCUAAAAUGUGUGUCAUUUUAUUGCCUUUUCAUAUUGAAAUGUCCGAUUCAAGAUUAACUUAUUUACAAGUGGCUGGGUGUCAGUGCAACACUCUCUCUGUCCUGGAUGGUGGCAGGAAGGGAUAGAGCGUUGUCCAGCUAUCGUUCUUGAUAUCUCUGACAGUGAAGGAGUUAAUGGAGAUAAAGAACUGUGAAUAUGUUAAUGGUAUUUUUUUUUCCUGUUGCAAGUGUAUGAGGAGAGAAUUUGGAAAUUCAUGUUCAGUGCCACAGCUGUAUCAGCCGCUAGUUUUUCUUAGGUAGAUCCUGGACUCAUCUCUGCUGGCCUUUGAGUUGCUUUCACUUCCUGCGAGUUGGUUUGUUUUAAAACCCCAUUUUCCUCCCAAAAAACCCUUCAUGUUAACUGGUCGUUCAUUCCCAGGAAAUGUCAUGUUGUCACCGAUGCAUUUUUUUUCUUCUUGAGCCUGGGCAAAAGCCUGACAUUCUGCUGUGGACAGUAUUUGCCUUUUUUAAAAAAAAUGCUGGAAAAGGAAACCAUGUCUGUGUCUUAACUCGCGUGUUUGCAAUGGAUGUGGAAAGCAGUCCUGUAGAAUGUAUACCAAAACAGCCCUCAAAUCAAGCAUCAUACCUAGCCUGAAAAACUGGGUUUUUUUGCUUUUUUAAAAAUUGUACAUGAAAUCA